UUUCCGAGACCCUCUCUCUCCUCAGAGGCUCAGUUUCACCCUGCCAUCAGCAGUCAGCCAGUUUCAGUGGCAGAAGGGGCCACAGCUGCUUCCUGUCAGCCCCCUGGGCAGAAGCAUGCAGUGGCGUCUCCUCCUGAUCUGGGCCCAGGUGCUGAAGCAGGCGCUCCUCCCCGCAUCAGGAGCUGUGACAGGCAGAAUAGUAACAAUGGGGAACAUUUCUGCAGCGGAAGGUGGCUCUGUCACCUUACAAUGUCACCUCUCCUCCACCACUGCCAAAGUGACCCAAGUCAACUGGAAUCUGCAAGACCAAGUCGUGGCCGUCCAUCAUGCCAGCUUGGGGUGGCACAUCGAGCCUGCCUUCAGGGAGCGAGUGGUGCCAGGCUCCAAUCUGGGCCUCACCCUCCGGUCGCUGACCAGUAACGACACAGGACGGUACACCUGCAUCUAUCACACCUACCCCGACGGCAUUUACAAAGGGGCCCUCUUUCUGCAAGUCCUGCGACACUCAGUGGCUGAGUACAGCGCUGGGUUCCAGAUCCCAUUGGCUGGAGCCGCGGCCGCAGUGCUGGCGGUCAUCUGCAUAGCAGUCAUCGCAGGGGCCACGCUGGCCAGAAAGAAAUCUCUCAGAAUCCAUUCUGCGGAAGGUGACCUUGGGAGGGGGCCGUCUGAACCGGAGGCGUGCAGACCCAGGGUCGUGUCCUCCCCUGGCAGCUGUGUGCAGGCGGAUGCCGGGCUGUGCAGUGACCAGGGCAGAGAGGACCAAGCUGAGGCCGAGCCGCACGAGUACUUCAACGUCCUGAGCUACAGAAGCCUGGCCAGCUUCAGCUUCCCCACUGAGACCGGUUAGCGCCCAGGCAUCUUCCGGGAGACCCAGUCUGGUCUUUGUCAUCACAGAUGGUCGUAUUGACAUCUGCACGUCACGGCUCUGUGUGUAUGAAAGUGUGUACGUCUGUGCAUGUGUGUUCUGUCGAGUGAAUGCAUGUCAGCCUCCUCCGUGUCUAUGUUUUUCCUCUACCAGCCCCUCCAGUUCCAUGGUGCAGACCCUGGUGAGGAGCUUGUGUUUGAUUACAAAUGCAAAGUUAGAAAACGGAACAAAGACCUGAGCUGGUUUUGAAGCUGGCAGUGGGAGCAGAUCCGGCGGCUGAGAUCUGCAUCCCCCCUGAAAGCGCUGGGCAGGGCUCAGGGCUACAGGGCUUUGUGGUGGGUGAUGGUGGUGAGGUGACUGCAGAGAAGCCUCAUUUCAUUUGUCACUGUCGUUUUCAUCAACAUUCACACACUGGAGGCAUUUUAGGAAUAAGGCAUGCCACCAGCUUCUAUGGGGCUUCUCAGAUGGUGCUAAUGGUAAAGAACCCACCUGCCAAUACAAGAGAUGUAAA